CCGCCUCCCUCUGCAGAGACUAGCGAGGGUCUCCAUUCAAACGCGUCCGAACUUCACUUCAGGGCGUGAGAGUUAUAUCCCCCCGAGCGGAACAGCGCUGCGCUCUUAACAAAGCUGACUGGCUGCCGUGACACGUCUGUCCGAGGAGAAGCGAGGCGGGGAGAGAAAAAGAGCGGCCCUGUGGCACAGCCAGCGCUAACGUCCAGCUACGAGCAGCCCGCAAACAUGGCGAGCGCCUCCUACCACAUCUCCAACCUGCUGGAGAAGAUGACCUCCAGCGACAAGGACUUCAGGUUCAUGGCCACAAAUGAUUUGAUGUCAGAAUUGCAAAAGGACUCCAUCAAGCUGGAUGAUGACAGUGAGCGUAAAGUGGUGAAGAUGAUUCUCAAGCUGCUGGAGGACAAGAAUGGAGAGGUGCAGAAUCUGGCAGUGAAAUGUUUGGGACCGCUUGUCAGCAAAGUGAAGGAGUACCAAGUGGAGACAAUAGUGGAUACCCUUUGCACAAACAUGCUCUCCGAUAAAGAACAACUUAGAGACAUUUCCAGUAUUGGCCUCAAGACUGUCAUUGGAGAGUUGCCCCCUGCAUCCAGUGGCUCAGCCCUUGCAGCUAGUGUAUGUAAGAAGAUCACAGGACGUCUCACCAGUGCCAUAGCCAAGCAGGAGGAUGUCUCAGUGCAGCUCGAGGCACUAGACAUCAUGGCAGACAUGCUGUGCAGACAAGGUGGCCUGCUGGUAAACUUCCACCCCUCCAUCCUGAGCUGCCUGCUGCCCCAGCUGACAAGUCCACGGUUGGCUGUGAGGAAGAGGACCAUCAUCGCACUUGGCCACUUGGUCAUGAGCUGUGGCAACCUAGUGUUUGUGGACCUGAUUGAGCAUUUGCUCUCUGAGCUCUCCAAGAAUGACUCAAUGUCCACCACACGGACCUACAUCCAGUGCAUAGCUGCCAUCAGCAGACAGGCAGGGCACAGGAUAGGUGAAUAUUUAGAAAAGAUAAUCCCAUUGGUGGUGAAAUUCUGCAACAUUGACGAUGAUGAGCUGAGAGAAUACUGCAUUCAGGCCUUUGAAUCUUUCGUCAGAAGAUGUCCAAAGGAGGUGUAUCCUCAUGUCCCAACUAUUAUCAGCAUCUGUCUUAAGUACUUGACUUAUGACCCAAACUACAAUUAUGAUGAUGAAGAUGAGGAUGAGAAUGCUAUGGAUGCAGAUGGUGCUGAUGAAGACUAUCAAGGCAGUGAUGAUGAGUACAGUGAUGAUGAUGACAUGAGCUGGAAGGUUCGACGAGCUGCAGCAAAGUGCCUGGAUGCGGUGGUCAGCACGCGACAUGAGAUGCUACCUGAAUUCUACAGGACAGUCUCACCAGCACUCAGUGCCCGUUUCAAGGAGCGCGAGGAGAAUGUGAAGGCUGAUGUUUUCCAUGCUUACCUGUCUCUGCUCAAGCAAACGCGGCCUGCCCAGAGCUGGUUGUGUGACCCUGAUGCAAUGGAGCAAGGAGAGACCCCCCUCACCAUGCUGCAGAGCCAGGUGCCGAUGAUUAUGAAGGCCUUGCACAAGCAGAUGAAGGAGAAAAGUGUGAAGACCAGGCAGUGCUGCUUCAACAUGCUGACAGAGCUGGUCAACGUCUUACCCGGAGCUCUCACCCAGCACGUUCCUGUGCUUGUUCCAGGAAUAAUAUUCUCCCUCAACGAUAAAUCAAGCUCCUCCAACCUAAAGAUUGAUGCUCUUUCCUGCUUAUAUGUGAUCCUGUGCAACCACCAGCCCCAGGUCUUCCAUCCCCAUGUUCAUGCAUUAGUGCCCCCUGUGGUGGCCUGUGUGAGUGACCCCUUCUACAAGAUAACAUCAGAGGCACUGCUGGUCACCCAACAGUUGGUGAAAGUUAUCAGGCCCCUGGACCAGACAGAUGCGUUUGAUUCUUCCCCCUAUAUCGAGGACCUGUUUGCUUGCACGAUCAAGAGACUGAAGGCAGCUGACAUUGACCAGGAAGUAAAGGAACGAGCCAUCUCCUGCAUGGGCCAGAUUCUCUGCAACUUGGGUGACAGCCUGGGUGCCGACCUUCCCAGCACCUUGCACAUCUUCCUGGAACGGCUGAAAAACGAGAUCACGCGUCUAACCACCGUCAAGGCCCUUACGCUUAUUGCUAGCUCUCCACUCAAGAUUGACCUGCGGCCCAUACUUGGUGAAGCUGUUCCCAUCCUGGCUUCCUUCCUGCGCAAGAAUCAGCGUGCGCUGAAGCUUAGCACACUGGCUGCAUUGGACAUUCUGGUGAAGAACUACAGCGACAGUGUAACACCAGCCAUGAUCGACGCCGUUUUGGCCGAGUUGCCGCCGCUCAUCAGCGAGAGUGACAUGCACGUCUCCCAGAUGGCCAUCAGCUUCCUCACCACACUGGCACGUGUUCACCCAGACUCCCUGUCCAAGAUUGGUGGCUCCAUCCUAACUGAGCUCAUUGCCCUUGUGCGCUCACCACUUCUGCAAGGUGGUGCUCUUAGUGCCAUGCUGGAAUUCUUUCAGGCUCUUGUGGUCACCGGCACACCUGGUUUGGGCUACAUGGACCUGCUGCGUAUGUUGACAGGCCCAGUGUAUGCCCAGAGUGCAGCACUCACCCACAAACAAUCUUACUACUCUAUCGCCAAGUGCGUGGCGGCGCUGACCCGUGCCUGCCCUGCUGAGGGCCCUGCUGUGGUAGGUCAGUUCAUCCAGGAUGUGAAGAACUCCCGUUCUACUGACUCUAUCCGCCUGCUAGCCCUGCUUUCUUUGGGGGAGGUGGGCCACCACGUAGACCUGAGUGGCCAGCCUGAGCUAAAGUCUGUCAUUCUGGAUGCCUUCUCAUCCGCCAGUGAGGAGGUGAAGUCGGCAGCUUCCUACGCACUGGGUAGCAUCAGCGUGGGCAGCCUGCCCGAGUACCUGCCGUUUGUGCUGCAAGAGAUCUCUGGGCAGCCCAAGCGUCAGUACCUGUUGCUGCACUCGCUGAAGGAAAUCAUUGGCUCAGCAGCUGUGGCAGGGCUCCGACCCUAUGUGGAGAGUGUGUGGACGCUGCUGCUUACUCACAGCGAAUGUGCUGAGGAGGGUACCCGCAAUGUGGUGGCAGAGUGCUUGGGCAAGCUGACCCUCAUUGAUCCUGAAACACUACUGCCCAGGCUCAAGGGGUAUCUUCUGUCUGGGUCGUCUUAUGCACGAAGCUCAGUAGUGACUGCAGUGAAAUUCACCAUUUCUGACCACCCACAGGCGAUUGAUCCUCUGCUGAAGAACUGCAUAGGUGAUUUCUUAAAAACCUUGGAGGACCCCGAUCUCAAUGUCCGAAGGGUUGCUCUGGUGACAUUCAAUUCUGCAGCCCACAAUAAGCCCUCACUCAUCCGAGACCUUCUGGACUCUGUUCUUCCUCAUUUAUACAAUGAGACCAAAGUGCGCAAAGAACUCAUCCGAGAGGUGGAAAUGGGGCCCUUCAAACACACAGUGGAUGAUGGUCUGGACAUUCGCAAGGCUGCAUUUGAGUGCAUGUACACUCUGCUGGACAGCUGCCUAGACAGACUAGAUAUCUUUGAAUUCCUCAACCAUGUCGAAGAUGGACUUAAGGACCAUUAUGAUAUCAAGAUGCUGACAUUCCUGAUGCUGGCCAGACUGUCAACACUGUGCCCGAGCGCAGUGCUGCAGAGGCUGGAUCGGCUGGUGGAGCCCCUGAGGGCCACAUGCACGACCAAGGUGAAGGCCAACUCAGUGAAGCAGGAGUUUGAGAAGCAGGAUGAGCUGAAGAGGUCAGCCAUGCGAGCGGUGGCGGCGCUCUUGACCAUCCCAGAGGCAGAGAAGAGCCCCUUAAUGAGCGAGUUCCAGUCUCAGAUCAGCUCCAACCCUGAGCUGGCGGCCAUCUUUGACAGCAUCCAGAAGGACUCAUCCUCUGCUAACAUGGAGUCCAUGGACACCAGUUAAAAGAAAUAGCCCACCCCAUGCCCAUGAUUCAGAAAUACCUGGGACCCUUUUAAUGUUUCAUGCAUUGCACUGAGAUUACAGUUUAAGAAACAAGAAAAAAGCAAAAAUUUAACACAAAAACAAAGUGAAAAGCCUUGGAGCUUAAACAAUCUUCCUCUUUUUCCAUAGGAGAACUGUAUGGCUGGCCACUUGUUCAUGCUUACCUUUUUUUCGUCUAGUGUUUAUAAUUCCAGAGAAUCCGCAAAGUGCAUAGGUACUUCCAUGUCGCAUUCCAAGGUUGGAUAACUUUAUUGGCAUGAAAUGCAAUCAAUGACAGCAAUCUCCAUUUACUCUUAAGGGUCAGCUUUAAGUUUUAAGUGGGAAAUGUCUGCAUAUUGGAGCAAAAUCCAGUAAGUUCAGAGAUGAAAGCCAGUUGACGCUAAUGGAAUUGGAAGUUUUUGUUUGUUUCUGGACCAUCCCUAUGUUGUUUGCAUUUCUAUGCUAUUCACAAACUGAUGUUAUGGGAGGUUUUUUGUACGAUUUAAUAUCAUUUCUGCCGAAACUUAUCUUUGUUCCAGAUGUUGCUGAGACUGCUAUUGGAGAGACAAAGUCUGCUUUGUAAGAUUUAUUACAUUAAAGACGUAUGGCAUCGUUUGGGGAAA